GUGCCCCGUAUUAUUUACCUCAUAGUUUUCCCUGAAUUUAAUGCCAGUUUUGAAGUUCCACAUGGGGUAUGGUUAGCUCACAGGGGUCUGGGCCAUAGGAGCAAGAGUUAAAAUGGUAUGUCCUGUUUUGUUGUCUCUCCUACAGCUAGGACUUGGAGCACGGCUGUUAUUAUUCCAUAUUCUUCAGCGAGUUUUCCAUUCCACUGGGAUGAUAGUUACUCAAGUGGAUAAAUAAACAGUGCCGGCUCUAGGCCAGGAGCAAACUUAAAAUUUCAGCCGUGGCCAGCAAAGCUUUUUUCUGCUGUGUCCCGGCUCCAGGUUGCUCAGGCUCUUCCCAGAGGGAAUGUUGCUGGUGCAGUCUUGCCCAGGGGUCCGGGCACAAGCGUGGGUGUCCUUCUGAGAGCAGGCCCUUCCUUUUUCACUCCUGGGCAUAAACACCCCGGUUGCUUACACGCAUGAUGUCUGUGGUAGGGGAACGUGUACUUGUACAUGAAAAUUUCACUGUUAACAUUUCUUCUCUUCAAAUAGGAAUUAAUAUCCUUGUGAAGUCCAAGGCCUUCCAGUAUUUCAUGUACUUGGUGGUGGCAGUCAAUGGGGUCUGGAUCCUUGUGGAGACCUUCAUGCUGAAAGGUGGGAACUUCUUCUCCAAGCAUGUGCCCUGGAGUUACCUCGUCUUUCUGACUAUUUACGGGGUGGAGCUGUUCCUGAAAGUAGCCGGCCUCGGCCCCGUUGAGUACUUGUCCUCCGGAUGGAAUCUGUUUGACUUCUCCGUCACAGCGUUCGCCUUCCUGGGACUGCUGGCGCUGGCCUUCAACAUGGAGCCCUUUUAUUUCAUAGUGGUCCUGCGUCCCCUGCAGCUGCUGAGGUUGUUUAAACUCAAGAAGCGUUACCGCAACGUGCUGGACACCAUGUUUGAACUGCUGCCCCGGAUGGCCAGCCUGGGCCUCACCCUGCUCAUCUUUUACUACUCCUUCGCCAUCGUGGGCAUGGAAUUCUUCUGUGGAAUCCUCUACCCCAACUGCUGCAAUGCAAGCACAGUGGCAGACGCCUACCGCUGGCUCAAUCACACCGUGGACAACAGGACCGUGGUGGAGGAAGGCUACUACUAUCUCAACAAUUUUGACAACAUCCUGAACAGCUUUGUGACCUUGUUCGAGCUCACGGUUGUCAACAACUGGUACAUCAUCAUGGAAGGCAUCACCUCGCAGACCUCCCACUGGAGCCGCCUCUACUUCAUGACCUUCUACAUCGUGACCAUGGUGGUGAUGACUAUCAUCGUCGCCUUCAUCCUCGAAGCCUUCGUCUUCCGGAUGAACUACAGCCGCAAGAACCGGGACUCCGAAGUUGACGGCGGUAUCACCCUUGAGAAGGAAAUCUCCAAAGAUGAGCUGAUUGCUGUCCUGAAGCUCUACCAGGAGGCAUGGGGAGCCGCCUCUGACAUCGCCCAGCUGCUCAAGAUCCUCUCCCAGAUGGAGAGAUACGAGCAAAAUACCUUGGUGUUUCUGGGGCGGAGAUCGAGGACCAAAAGCGAUCUGAGCCUAAAGAUGUACCAAGAGGAGAUUCAGGAGUGGUAUGAGGAACAUGCCCGGAAGCAGGAAGAGCAGCAACGACAGCUCAGCGGCUGCGUGGUCCCCACCAGCCAGCAGCCUCCAGGCAGCCGCCAGCGCUCCCAGACCAUCACCUAAGCCCAGCCUGCACAAGCCAUCUCUUCUAUGCAAUAACACAAUAGUAUUAUUUUGCUACAAUGUAUCA